AUGUCGGGUGACGUGCAGAUCGGCAUCCAGGCAGAAAAGCAACAGGACCACACGUGCCCGUUCUUCGUCCAACUACUGAACCAUGGCGACCCAUCAACCCCUAACGACUACCCACUUCACCCGAUAUUUCCUGCUUCCUACCGCACCACGUCGGAAAACUUGGCUGCUCCCACCGAGGAUAUCGCGGCGUGCGUUCAAAAGGAACUUGAUCUACGUAGACUUCAGAUCAUCAUCACCCGGCUGUGGAUCGUCGGUCGCCCGACACCGCCACGCUCAUUACACCACCAGCUCCUCCUCUCGCGCGAUAUAUUCAUCACAGAGCAAAUUGACAUGCAUCUCGUAUGGACCAGUGGCCGAAUAUUCAUCAAACCGGUUCCGCGCUUCCUUCUUGUGCCUCGCUUCUGGAUUGACCACCUCUCCUGUCUGCCGUGUUGCACCUGCACCCGCUCUCCAAGGCGGGCCAGCUCGGCUGGAAAUACGCUUUUGAAUGACGGCCUAUGUGAUCGCCGGAGGCUAUGGAGGUCAGCGCUUGGAUUCCUGUUUUCUUAUACCGCCCUGGUCUCGCAUGAGAGCGACUUCGCGAUCGCUCAGGAGAAAAAACUAAUACCCACUGAGGUAUCCUGGGCAGACUGGACAAGCCUGGUCAAGCAGGUCCUCGCUACGGAUCAUCUAUACCAAAAAAUCGAUGCGCGAUUCAUCUACGGUGAGCUCCGUCUGAGUCGGCUUAACAAGAUAUACAGAUUCACCCGAUCAUCGUUCCUGCAUGGUUACAUGUCGCAGUGGAAUCGAUACGGCGACUUCUUCCAGAACAAUCUUGCCUGGCUGGCCGCUGCUACGGUCUAUAUCGCCCUCGUUCUGACAGCAAUGCAAGUUGGUUUGGCGACUGAUGCCCUCGCUGAAAAUAAGGCAUUUCAGUCAGCGUCGUAUGGAUUUACAGCCUUCUCCAUUCUUGGCCCCCUCAUCGCCUUUAGCCUCAUCAUACUUACGUUCUGCUACAUGUUUAUCAACAACUGGAUUAGUACAUUGGCGUACCAAAAGAAGAGAUUUAAUGAUAUCCAACGGGCGCAGGGAGUAUAA